AUGCCAUUUCUCAAGACGCCUGAAGAAAUCACAAGCACAUCCACUACGGAUCGCAUGUCGCAAGAUCGUCAACACGAAAAUGGUCAACUCAACAUUCACACCUUACCCGCUCGCGAAGAAGAGUUUGUAAAAGACGAGUACGAAGACGAAGACGAAGACGACUUUGAGAACGAAUGUGGACCUUUGCGCAAGCGUGUCGAUUUUCUCGCGCGACUCCCCUACGAGGUUGUCGAUAUGAUCAUCAGCGAACUAUCUAUAAACGAGCUUUUAGUUUGUUUGGAUGUCAGUCCAAAGUGGCAAGAACUGUUGGUGGAAAAAAGACAGCAUAUUUGGCGUGAGGUUACUUUGGACCAUGAAAAUUACCAGAGUGUCUCACAACUGAAUCUUAUUGGCAAGCAUAUACGAAAAUACUGUCUUUAUUUCGCUUGCCAGGAAAUACUGGAUGGAACUGUCGACCAAAUUCUCUCUGGGUCUAUGAAUAAGCUGGAAUCAUUAGCUUGGGAUUGCUCCGAUUUCAGCGGCCGGGAUGUCAUAAAGUGCGUAACGCUUCUGCAGGGUUCCUUGACAAACCUAGAACUGGUUACUACUCAGGAUACGCGCUAUCUAUUACCGUUCGAUUGUCCAAGCUUGCCAUCUAUCCUAAACGCAUGCCCAACUUUAGAAAGGAUUAAAGUCUCACUUCAUUCGAGCGAAAUUCAAAGUAACCAUCUUAAAAUACCACGAGGCUCGAAGCUUAAAUAUCUGCAUUGGAACUCUGGAGAAAGCAUGACGUUACAAGAAGCAGAAGACAUACUUGACGCUUGUCCAUCCCUGGUAUAUCUCAAUAUCGGCUGUUUGGAUGGUCCUGUUCCCCUUUCCGCCUUCCGAACAAAAUGUCCAACAAGCUUAAGCUAUUUACACGUGGAUACCGGCAAAUCCAGUAGCUAUGGUUGGUCCUGCGGUACCGACUCUAAUUUAUCCGUGAAUGGAUUACAAUCGUUAAGCACAUGCUGCAUCAACAAUGAAGACUGGGAAGAACUCCAAACAGUGACUCUAAUGGAUCAAAGCACCUUACAAGAUAUGACCGUUUGCCACAAUGAUUCUUUUGACCUCGGCGGUCUAUUGAAUAUCUUCAAGGGACCACAGGUCUCAUUGCGAUACACGCAUAUUUAUUGGCGACAACGCGCUGUAAUUAUUGCUACAACGAAGAACAUCUCACCCGGAGAAAAUGAUGAAACGUCGCCAAGUGGGGUCAUAACAUCUGCUUUUGAAAGAUGCCAUAAAGACCGACAUAUUCCAUGGUUCAUCAACAGCCUCGAAUCUAACGCUCAUGCCAGGAAGGUGUCAAAGCUAAGCUUCUACAACUGUGGCACAAUCGACUGGCACAUACCGCAGCUUUUACAACUGCCAUCACUACAAGAGCUCUAUUUUGACGGCUAUGGGAAGGAGAUUGGAGCAGUGGCUGGUAUUAUCGAUAAAUUAUGUAGCCCUUCGUCAACGCCACGACUUAGACAUCUUUACUUGGGCCCGGUACAAGGAUUAACUGACAAAGUAGUCCCAAGAUUUGCGCAUAUUCGUGGGCUCAAACACCUCACUUUGUCAGGAUGCAGCGAGAUUACAGAUGAAGGCAUUUAUAGCCUCGCAAACAUUGACUCAGAUCUGGAGGAGCUUUCUCUACUGAAUUGCUUAAACGUCACUCCACAAGCUAUAAAAUAUAUCAACCAGCAGUUAGAGCGACGAAAACAACAGAUGUAUAUGUAA